AUGACGGUCACAGUCAGCCAUAACAAACAUGCCCACCAAAGCCUGACACUCCCCCUGGCAGAUCAACUCCGCGCCGACUUUUGGGAUCAGCACCGCAGGGAAAUGCAGCUCCUCGCCGCGUACAAAAUAGCCUUCAAAGCGUGGUACCUCUUCACCACCACCGACUCCAACCAGACCAAACCCGACUACAGCUCCACCUCGGAGCAUCUCAAGACGUCGGCCAUCACAGCCCAAGUUGCCUGGAGCGAGCAACACAUCUCUCUCAAGAACUGGAAAGCCGCCAACCCAGCCGUGGGCCCCAUCAUCGCCAACAUGCAGACGGAUGCCAACGCCAUCAAGGCCGGCGAGAAGCAGGAUGCCGAGCGCGACGACUUCAUCAAGGAGCUGACCGGCAAGUCGGAGGCGUACUGGCAACGGGAGAUAGCCAAGUACGACAAAUUCAGCUACCUGAUCAAGCAGUCCCGCGAGCGCGAGAUGUGGCGCGCCAGAGUGGAGGCGCUCGUCAAUUCUCAGGCUAUCAUCGAGGAGGGAGCCUGCCGCCAGGUUGCUGCUGCUGUUGAGGAGCAGCGGGUUGCUGCUGCUAAGGACGAGCGCGAGAGGGCUGAGGCUGAGGCUCGGGCUCAGGUUGCGGCUGCUGAGCGUGAAAAAACGGAGUCCGAGGCCGAAGAGCAGCGCAAGGCGGCCGAAGCCAAGGCUGCCGAGGAGAUGAGACUCCACGAGGAGCUUGUUGUUGCCAUGGCAGCUCAGGCCGCUGAAGAUGAGAGGAUGAAAGAAGAGGCGCGCGCUGCCGAGGCCCAACGUGAGGCUCAACGCCUGGCCGAUCAGAAGCUCAUCUGUGAGGCGCUGGGGAUUCCGGAGGACCCUCAGCUGCACAACUCUGUGAUGUGUGAUUUGGACGGCAACCUCAUUGAUGGCGUGGCCGCCGCAGAAGCAGCAGUCUUCCCCAACAACACCAACUCCGGCAUUGCCGGAGCCUCCCAGAUGCACUCGAGCAAUGCUCAAGAUAAUGACUUCCAAUUCCCGGAUUACAUGCACCUGCAAUCCAACGGACCUCUCGAUUUCAAUACCAUCUUCGCCGAACAGGACAUGCUUCUGGCCGGCGGCCAGCCUGAGAUGAAUUUCUCCACCCCGGGGUUCCCGGCUGCAGCAUUCGACGAGCAGUUUGACUUUUCGGAGUUACCGCUUGCUCAGAGUCAGACGGGUAUGAGGGGUGAUAGCCUAAUCGGCGAUGCCAUGGCUCAACACUUCUUCUCGGGCGACGUCCAGGCGCAGCUCCCGUCCAUCUCCGAAGUCAUGUCGGCGACCGCUGCUAUGGCGAGCCAGCCGGAGCCAGCGAGCAGCAUCGUCACCGCCGAAACCCCGACAGGCAAGAAGAAGGCCCCUGCCCGCAAGAAGAAGACGCCAGCUAAGGAGAAGACACCGGCCAAGGAGAAGACACCGGCUAAAAAGAAGGCCACGGCGAAGGAGAAGGUCGCAGCCAAAGCCCAGCCGAUUUCUGACCAGGCCCAGCAACAGACCACUGAACCUUCAUUUGGCCUUGACCAAGUCAUGGAGUCCGACCCUUUUGUUUGCUCGGCUACUUCCCAACAGUCCCCCAAGAAUGGCCAAGGCAUGUUCAAUGUCGGCAUGCCGGCCAUGGGACAGACACGCGGCCAUGUCGAUAUCUCGACGUCGCAGACCGGUCAGAUGUCCAACAUGAGCCAGAUGCCCAACAUGAACCAGAUGUCCGAGAUCGACCAGCUGCCCAUGAACCAGCUGUCCAGCAUGAACCAGUUGCCCAACAUGGAUCAGAUGUCCGGCAUGGGUUAUAGUUCCGGCAUGAACCAGAUGUUCUCUACUAAUGUCAGCAUCGCUGCCCAGCAAACAACGCAGACACCGACGGCGAUCCAGGCCGCUUUUACGGCAGUUGGUGCCGUUCCGCAGCCUAAGGCGGUACGGAUGCCGACCAAAGAGAAGACCUUGUCCGAAACGCUUCGUACUGUGAUGCAGAAACCCAAGCAGGCGCCCUCGAGCUACACCAUGUUUAUUAAGCACGCGUCUCAGCCGUCCACCCCGGGUUCUCUGCCUCAGAUGCGGACUCCGUCUUCAGCCCACGUCUCGACUCAAGCUGUAGCGACUCCAUCGUCGGAGAACAAGCGCAAGGCAUCCAUCGGCCAGGGCAUAAAAACUCCCACCAAGCGUCGCCAGAGUGUGAACCAACAGGGCGCUGUUAUCCCCAUUGCCCAGCCGCCCCCUGUACCGGCCACCCCCCAAGACCAGCAGAACUCUACUCAAAACAACCAGACGACUGCUCAAAACAACCAAACCCCUACUCAGGCCUUCAAGACCCCUCAGCAGAUUCCCAUCGACCCUGCCCUCCACUUUAAUAUCUCGCCCCCCAGUGGCGGGAUGAAGUUCGGUACGGCAAUCAAGGCCGGUAUCUGUACCGCCAUCGCACACGUAGUCAAGGAGGCCAGCGCUGGUGCUGUAUUUGCACAGCCGCUGCUGGACGGUCCGAUCGAAGACUUCCGGUCCGAACUUGGCAGCCAUCUCAAGCAGGUCAUCAAAGCCCACGUCGUCGCGGUGAAUGCGACAGACCCGCAAGACGACCAACAGGCCUUCCUCAAGGGCGCCUUCAAAUUUCUCCAGGGAAUCCUCCAGGAGAUCGAGCGGCGCGGUUGCGUCUUCAAGAAGGCUCUACUUUCGGGCCCGGUCAGCGGUUCUGAUUUGAUCCCUGCGAGAAGGGGCAUGGCAGCCGUGUACCGGGCCAUCAUGGCUGAGUACAGGUCUCCCCCGAGGUUCGACGGUGGUUCCGCCCAAGUGGCUAAGGUCCAAGAUACGCCUACCCGACAGCCUACUGCCCAUGCCCGUGUCUCGAGCCAGAGCAGCACGGCCAACGGAUUCGCUUCGGCGGGCAGCCCUCAUCUCCCGGGCUAUGCCACUGCCCCGGGCACUCCUGGCCCGACUAGCUCACCCCGGAUAAACGGCCACACGUCCUCGUCUCCCAUGCAGCCCUUCCCGGCGCUGUCGCCGGUGGAGAGCAGCUACCCGUCCCCCGUGCACAACUAUCCCCCGCCGCCGUCGCCUAUGGACGGGUACGCCACCACCACAACGAGCUACCCGCAGCACGCCGCCACGCAAGCCCCGGGUACCACCAUGACCGGCGUCCCCGAACCGACCAACUACUACCCGGCACAAGCGCAGCAGCAGCAGGAGCAGCAGCAGCAGCCCGAGGAACAGAAGCCCGAGCCCAAGCCCAAGAAGACGCCGGCCCGACGCAAGUCGCGCGCCCGCAAGGCCUCCGCCGCCCCGGUUACCCCCCAACCCGAGGUCGUUAACAACAACAACAACAACAACAACCUUGCCAACACCCCGACUCCCCACCCAACCACCACCACCUCCCCCCCCAACACCAAACAAUGCAUCCCCCGCCUCUACUACCGCUUCACCGACGGCGCCUUCUACAUGCAGCUGCGCAACGAAGCCACCGGCGUCGAGUCGCACCACCGCAUGGGGCGGGGCACGACGGCGGCCGAAACGGCGCUGGGCCGCUUCGUGGCGGCCGCGCGCGCCGCCGGGUUUGAGACGUAUCCGGCGGGGUUUGUUUUUCGGUUGUGGAGGGGUGUGGAGAGGGAAAUUUGGAGGGAUUUGAGGGAGGUGGUUGGGGAGGGGGGUGCUGGUGGUGGUGGUGGUGGUGAGGGGGGGGAAGGGGUUGUUGGGUUGGGUGCCGUUGUGGUUGGGGGUGGGGGGGGUGGGUGA